AUGUCCGUUUGGAACCCUGAAAACAUCAAGGACGUUGCAGAGUCUGUUGGCAUCACCUCACUCAGCGAUGAUGUUCUCCAAGGACUCUGUUCGGAUAUCGAAUAUCGAAUAUCACAAGUCUUAGAGGAAGCCCUCAAGUUCAUGCGGCACAGCAAGCGAUCAACCCUCACCACGCAAGAUGUAGCGCAGGCUCUGCGCGUACUGGAUGUCGAGCCUCUGUACGGCUAUGAGUCAACGCGGUCACUUCGGUUUGGCGAAGCGUCCAUUGGGCCUGGACAGCCAUUGUUCUAUGUCGAAGACGAAGAAGUGGACUUCGAGAAGCUCAUUAAUGCACCUUUACCUAAAGUACCGCGAGAGAUGACCUUUACUGCACAUUGGCUGGCUGUCGAAGGGGUACAGCCUUCGAUACCCCAGAACCCUACAGCCGCAGAUUCGAGAAACCAGGAAUUGGUGCCUAAAGGGCAGAGUGCAAAUCCCCACAUGGCAGCUAUGAGCGGCAACGAAAAUAUCACAGUCAAGCCCCUGGUCAAACACGUCCUAUCGAAAGAGCUUCAGCUUUACUUUGAGAAGAUUUGUAGUGCACUCCUUGAUGAAUUAAAUAGCGAGUACCGAACUGCAGCUUUAGCCAGUAUCCGAAGUGAUCCUGGUCUUCAUCAGCUAGUGCCUUACUUCGUGCAGUUCAUCGCAGAGAAAAUCACGCAUAACCUCAAAAAUCUUUUCGUACUCACCCAAAUGAUGCUACUUACGACCGCUAUGCUCGAGAAUUCGAAUCUUUACGUUGAUCCCUAUAUUGCCUCCAUAAUCCCCCCAGUCUUGACAUGUCUCGUUGGUCGACAUCUUGGCUCAUCACCUGACCCUUUGGCCGCCUAUGACCUCCGCCGCCUCUCCGCUUCUGUUCUGUCAUCAAUAACCAAAAAGUACAGCAAGUCAUCCCACAUGCUGAAGCCCCGCCUCGCCCGAACUUGUCUGAAACAUUUCCUUGAUCCUACUAAGCCACUAGGCGCCAAUUACGGUGGCAUUAUUGGUUUGCAGGCUAUUGGAGGUUCGGAGAUUGUCCGUGCCCUAAUUGUACCGAAUCUAAAGGAGUAUGAAGAACUCGUGAAGGAUGCUAUUGAUGCAAUGGAUGAGGGCAAAAGGAACGAGGGAGAGAUGGUUUUCAGAGCAUUACUAGAAGCGCUCGUGUCGCUAGAGGAAGAGAGCGUUGGGGCAGUCAAUGGGUUCGCCAAUGGGCAUGCUGCAGAGAUGAGGAAGGAGUUGGGCGACAAGAUUGGAGACUUGUUUGCGGAGAGAGUGCUGGAGCUGGGAAAGCCAAGGUUGGUAAGGGCGAUCAUGGAGUGUUGA